AUGCUUGACAUGUACGACUUCAACGAUGAUGUUUGGUUGUGUCACUCGUUUGACGGGAGCUGCUUCAACGUGACAGCAUUCCAACCCGCGGUGAACACUUUGAGAGAAAUUCGAGAAUUUAUGGAAACAAACCCAACAGAGAUCGUCACCAUUUUCAUCGAGGAUUAUGUGAGGUCCCCUCAAGGCCUAAUGACACUGUUCAAUGUAUCCGGCCUCAGCCGCUACAUGUUCCCUAUUUCUCGUAUGCCGAGAAACGGGGAAGACUGGCCCACGGUGGAUGAUAUGAUCUCAUUGAAUCAACGACUUGUGGUGUUCACAUCCAACGAGGCCUCGGAAGGGGUCGCGUACGAGUGGAACUACGUAGUUGAAAAUCAGUAUGGGAAUGAUGGGAUGAUAGGGGGAAUCUGCCGGAAUCGAGCCGAAUCAUCUUCAAUGAAUACAAGGACGAGAUCUUUAGUGCUUAUGAACUAUUUUCCGACAAACCCGAAUAUAUCGGAAGCUUGUGUCGACAACUCAGCCGUGAUGCAUACUUGUUACGGGUCUAGCGGCAGGCGGUGGCCAAAUUUCAUCGCCGUCGAUUUUUAUCAGGCAGCCCAAUGGCUGCAGGGCCGUCACCGCAAUUUUGGUUGGCCCAAGCCCAUGAAUCCGCUUCAGGUUGAUGGCCAGUUGAUUGAUCACAACAAAGCCGUAACCUGCUUGGCUUCUAGUGUUGAUGGAUUUCUUUUGGUUUCUGGAUCGGAGGAUGGCAUGAUUAGAGUGUGGGAUACCAGAGCACGAAAUCUUAUUCGCAUCUUUAGACAUGCAAAAGGUCCAGUUAGUAAUGUUCUUGUAACCAGACAGCCCCAGUACUUGAAUACACGAAAAUCAGCCUGUUCCCAAGCGUCAACAUUAAGGCAUAAUCUGCCAUUACCACCACUAGAGAAGUUUGUCAACUCACCAGAUGAAAACACAUAUGUUAAAUUAUUUAUUGGUCCCCAGACCAUGUCGAACCAAAUCGUAGACUCUUCAUACAUCGGCAUUCAGACAAUGGAGGCUCAGAUAAAAGAACUACAGAAACAAGGUUCGAUGGAAGCUGCUGAAAUGGACGUACAAAAAUUGAAGAGUGAACAACAAAGGUCGCUACAAGCAAUCCAGCAAUGGAAGAACAUGUACAAGAAUCUGCAUCAAUUCUGUGUCUCUGAGCUUUUGGAUGGCUGUAAUACUGAAAGCGCCAACGGGAAAAAUUGA